UAUCACAGAAGAGGUUGUGUGAUCAAGGCAGAGGGGUAGAGUGCAAGGUGGGGGGAGGGAAGAAGGGCUUGUUUUCCAGUGGUCACCUCCAGGAAAGCUCCCAACCAGAGCCAGGCCCAUGGGUGAGAGCACUUAAAAGAGAUGAGGUGCACGACAUCGGAGAGAGCGAGAGAGAAGAAGAGCCAGGAAAACCAACUUUUAUAUACAGAACCGACAUCAGUGAAGUCCGAGAAGUCGCCAUGGCACUACUGAUGAAUCAGUGGAUAUAUUUGGUUGCUCUAUCACUGACAGUGACCACGAGCCAUGCUUUGAGAAGAAUUGCCCUGAAAAAGAUGCCAUCUAUCAGAGAGACUCUGCAGGAGCUGGGAGUUUCUGUAGAGCAGGUGAUGACUGAGCUGGCCCAGAAGAGCAUAGCUGACACCAACAACGGAACUGUUCCCACGCCGCUAACCAACUAUUUGGAUACGCAGUACUUUGGAGAAAUCAGUAUUGGCUCUCCGGCCCAGAUGUUCAAUGUGGUGUUUGACACAGGCUCAGCCAACCUGUGGGUGCCUUCGCAAAGCUGCUCACCGUUCUCCACUGCCUGUUUUACUCACAACAGGUAUGAUGCUUCCAAAUCCCGGACUUACAUUGAGAAUGGAACAGGAUUUUCCAUCCAGUAUGCCUCUGGAAAUGUCAGGGGAUUCCUGAGCGAGGAUGUGGUUGUGGUUGGUGGCAUCCCAGUAGUGCAAGUGUUUGCUGAAGCCACGGCUCUGUCUGCCAUGCCCUUCAUCUUUGCCAAGUUUGAUGGAGUGCUGGGGAUGGGAUACCCCAACGCGGCCAUUGAUGGCAUAACCCCAGUGUUCGAUCAUAUCAUGUCUCAACACGUCCUCAAAGAAGAAGUUUUCUCCAUCUACUACAGCAGGGACCCAAAACGCUCCCCAGGCGGAGAGCUUGUCCUCGGUGGAACAGAUCCAAAUUACUACACUGGAAGUUUUAAUUAUAUUAACACCAGACAGACAGGCAAAUGGGAACUUACCAUGAAAGGUGUUUCUGUGGGGAGGGAGAUGAUGUUUUGCGCAGAGGGCUGCACAGCUGUGAUCGACACGGGCUCCUCCUACAUCACAGGCCCGGCCUCCUCUGUGUCCGUGCUGAUGAAAACCAUCGGAGCACAGCUGGAUGAAAGUGGAUACAAAGUCAACUGUGAUACUGUGAAGACGCUACCCAGUGUCACGUUCCUCCUCGGUGGCCAGGAAUACUCGCUCACACAGGAGGAUUAUAUAUUAUGGCAAUCACAGAUCGAAGGGGAAGUCUGCACCGUUACCUUCAGGGGCUUGGAUGUGCCGCCUCCUACAGGUCCCAUAUGGAUUUUGGGAGCCAACUUCAUUGCACGCUACUACACAGAGUUUGAUCGCCGCAAUAAUCGGAUAGGGUUUGCCACAGCAGUCUGACAGGAAUUUAAAUAUUCACCACAUUCUUCUGUUUUCUUGUUGUUUUCGUUGCUGUCUCCCGAUGUUUUUAAUUUUAGUCCGGGUCUUCCCUUGCUUGUUUUUUACGUGAACACAUGACCUGAAUAAGUCGUAUUAAAGAAAUUGUAAGGAAUGUCAUCCUCACAUUUCUUGCAUGCAUGCAUGCAUUUCUAUUCUAUAUUUGGGAAUCAGUUGCACUAAACCCCUUCUGAAAUGCAUUCACCAACAAAUACAAUGUUUCUUUCUGUGUGACUUGCUUCUUGUAUUUGUCAUACAGCCACAACCAAAUUAUAUAUAUAUUGUUCUGACGAAAUAAUAAAAUUGAAGUUUCAA